AUGGGCACCUCAUCUAACUUCAGUGGUAACGCUAGGGAAACAUCCACUGAUGUUCGUUCCAUAGCUUCCUCUAAGAAGUCUCAAUCUGCAGGAGGUAGUUCCUUCCAUCAAGUAGUUAACGAUGAACCUCCCAAAUUUAAGAGACAAUACAUGCAACAACCACAAUCAACAAAUAGAAGAGACAGUUCUCAUUCUCUCUUCACUCCAUCAUUGCAUGCUGCUACAAGAACAAUGAGUAGAGAUAGCACUGUAUCGAAUUCAACCGUUGAUUUUAAUGAAAAUAAUUACUACACAACAAAUAAACAACAGGCCGGCGAAAAUAAAGUACGAAGAGGCCCUUUGUCAUUAAAAAGAACUUUAUCAAGUUUAUCCAUGUAUGGAUCCAACUCAGCUUCUCACUCUGCUGAUUCCCAACAACAACAACAGAAGCAGCAACAGCAACAACCUAGGAAGCAUUCGUUCGCAGGAAAUCUGCUGAAAAGGCUUUCUAGUAGUGUAGGCAAUAGUAAUAGAACAAAUCAUCACCACCAUCAUCACCAACACGACACCAUUAAUCCUAGUAUAGCAACAGCAACAGCAACAAAACCACCAUUGAGUCAAAGGGAUCCUAAUACGCUUACAGGUUUUGUCAGUAGUCAUAAACCGUCCAUUAGUACUACUAAAUCAGGAUUAUUAAGUCCCAUCAAUUCUCAUCCAGAAAUAUCUAAUGAAUCAUUAAAGAAACAGAAUGAGGAUACGAUUACAAAGGAUGAACCUCAAGAGACAGAAGAACCAGAAUCCCUUUCACCCACCAUUGAUAAUCUCUUGAAUGAACCUACAGAUGAUGAAAAUAAACAAUCAUUAUUUAAGUUAGAUACAAAUCUGGAAGAUUUAUCAGAGAUUACAAAUGCAGUGGUGCCACCAGGGACAAUAAUAGCUCCAAUCCACCCUCAUUAUGAUACAAUGACUCAAAAUGGUAAGAAAUUGGAACACUUACAUAAUAAUACAACAGGGCCCACACCAAUACCGAAAAUGUACGACACGACUGAUGAUGAACAAGGCAGUCAACUUUUCGGCGUUCCUAAAAAAUCAAAAUCCAUGGCUGAUAUUCCAAGAGAUUCCAUUAAAUGGGUACCUCCUGAUAGUUGGGAUGUGGAUAAAAACGAAAUUAAACCUAGAUCCAACAAAGCUUUAAUUGAAGGACCAAUAAAGAAAACUAUUAUAAACCCUAACGAUAGGGAAAAUAUCACUCAACGAUCAAUGUCACGAUUGAAAAAUUCUUUAACGAUGAGUCCUAAUACCACAGUAAAUAAUCUUCGUCAAAAUAAUAAUAUUGCCAAUAACAAUAACAAUAACAAUAACAAUGCCAAUAACAGCAUCAAUAACAAUGUUAACCCCAAUCCUAACGUCGACACCGCAGCUAAAAAUAAAGAAAUACCAAAGGUAUCUUAUCAACAACCUCUAAUUCCAUUAAGUCUGCGAUAUACUGAAGAUAGUGAAUCGUCAUCGGAAGACGAAUAUUUUGAUGAAAGUAGUCGCAACCACAGAUUAAUUCGCAGGACUCAAAUUAAGAGCACCGAGAAUAAUAAGGGACCAAAAACUUUUACUCAACCAAAAACAUCAACCAUUAUUAAAGGCGAGACCGCUGGCCGUGCCUCACCUUUAUCACCAACAGCUCAAUCUAAUGCAAUCAUGCCAAACGCAGAAAAUGAAGUUGUCGACUUAGUAGAUGAUAAGAGACAUGAUGAAGUAGAAAAUGAAUUAGAGAAAUACUAUCAAGAUUUUAGUGAUUUAGAUACCGGAAGACAUUACGCAAUUCGUAUUUUCAACACUGACGAUACCUUUGCCACAUUAUCAUACCCACCAACAACUACUGUGGAAGAGUUAUUACCUGCAUUGAAGAGAAAAUUUAAUGUUCCACACUCUGGUAGAUAUAGAAUAUCGUUGAAAGUGGGGAAAUUAUCUAAAUUAUUGAAACCUUCUGCCAAACCUAUCCUCAUUGAACGUAAAUUAUUACUACUGAACGGUUACAAAAAAUCUGAUCCUCUGCAUAUUAUGGGUAUUGAAGACUUAAGUUUUGUUUUUAAGUUUAUCUUCCACCCCGUGACACCAUCUUCAUACAAUGAGCAAGAAGAAUCACUAGCUAAAUCUGAUUUUGUUCAUGUUGACUUAAGAAAUAUGGAUUUGACAACAUUGCCCAUCGUAUUCUACCAACAUACUUCCGACAUUGAAAGUUUAGAUGUCUCCACAAAUGCAAACAUUUUAUUACCAAAGGAUUUCAUUGAAAGUGCCAUUAAAUUGACCAGUUUAAGGAUGGUAAACAUGAGGGCCUCUAAGUUUCCAAGUAAUAUAACGGAGGCGUAUAAAUUAGUAUCACUUGAGUUGCAAAGAAAUUUUAUUAGGAGAAUCCCCAACGAUAUUCAUCAUUUGAAUAAUUUAACUAUUUUAAAUCUGCAGUGUAACGAUCUAAGCGACUUACCCCAAGGAUUUGAUCAAUUACAAAAUUUACAAUUACUGGAUCUAUCCUCAAAUAAAUUUUCUCAUUAUCCUGAAGUUAUUAAUUCAUGUGCACAUCUAUUACAAGUGGAUUUGUCAUACAAUAAGAUUCAAUCUUUACCAAGUUCUAUAAAUCAAUUAAAAAAGAUUGCAAAAAUUAAUUUAUCACAUAAUAAAUUAACGAUCAUAAAUGAUUUAUCAGGGAUGAAGAAUUUAAGAACUCUUAACCUAAGAUUCAAUAGAAUUGCACAUUUGAAGUCCAAUUCUUCUACUUUACAAAAUUUGUUUCUUACUGAUAAUAGAAUUGCCGCAUUCGAGGAUUCUUUACCUAAACUGAGAACAUUGGAAUUACAAGAGAACCCUAUUACUUCUAUUGGAUUUACAUCUAUAGAUUCAACGAAACUAUCUUUUCCAACUAACAUGACCAGUUUAUCAUUAAGUAAAGCGAAGUUGGCAAGUGUUCCUGGAGAUCUUUUCAAAAAUUUACCCUAUUUAGAAAAAUUGGAGUUGAAUGAAAAUAAUUUAAGCAGACUACCAGUUGAAAUCACUUACUUGACAAAACUAGUAUACUUAUCAGUUGCAAGAAAUAAAUUAGAAUUCUUACCUACCGAGUUCUCAUCUUUGAAGAGUUUAAGAUCGUUAGAUAUCCAUUCAAAUAAUGUAAGAGAAUUCUUUGUCGGUAUGGAAAAUAUUGAAUUGACGUAUUUAAACAUUUCGUCCAAUGUGUUUGGUAAUUUAAGCACGGAUGUUCCGUUUUACCGAAAUCUUUCAGUUGAUUCUAAGUUGGCUAAGAGUUUAAUGUUCUUUAUCGCAGCAGAUAAUCAAUUUGAUGAUGGAAUGUGGUCAUUAUUUAACUGUUUCACCAAUUUGAAAGUUUUGAACUUAUCAUACAAUAACUUUGCUGAUGUUUCCUUUUUAAGAUUGGCAAAUUUGAGUGAAUUAUAUUUAUCAGGGAACAAACUAACUGCACUACCAGGAGACACAGUGUUGCAUUGGAAGGCGUUAAAGACUUUGAUGGUUAAUGGUAAUCAGUUGUUGACUUUGCCUGCUGAGCUAUCACAGUUACAACAUUUAACUAUAUUUGAUAUUGGUUCGAAUCAAUUGAAAUACAAUAUUUCGAACCAUCAUUAUGACUGGAAUUGGGGCCAAAAUAAAGAUUUGAAAUAUCUAAAUUUUUCUGGUAAUAGAAGAUUUGAAAUCAAAUCUUUUGUUAGUAACGAAAUUGAUACAGAUUUGUCUGAUUUAACUGUUUUACCGCAAUUGAAAGUGCUCGGUUUGAUGGAUGUUACCAUAAAUACCAGCAAAGUUCCUGAUGAAAACAUUAAUUUCCGUUUAAGAACAACUGCAUCAAUGAUUAAUGGAAUGAGAUAUGGUGUUGCUGAUACUUUGGGGCAAAGGAAUUAUGUUUGCUCAAGAGAUGUAACGAUAGAGAGAUUCAGAGGGAAUGAUGAUGAGUGUCUGUUAUGUUUACAUGACAGUAAAAAUCAAAGUGCUGAUUAUGGUCAUAAUAUUUCCAGAAUUGUAAGAGACAUUUAUGAUAAGAUUCUCUUACGUCAACUAGAAAAAUAUGGAGAUAGUACCGAUGAAGAAAUUAUGACUGCAUUAAGGUUUAGUUUCUUACAACUGAAUAAAGAAAUUAAUGGUAUGCUAAAUUCUGUCGAUAACGGUACGACGGUGGCAAACCUUACAUCUGCAGAUUUACUAAGUGGUGCAUGUUCUACCGUGAUAUAUAUAAAGGGUAAGAAGUUAUACUGUGCUAACAUUGGUGAUUGUAUGGCUGUUAUCUCAAAGAAUAACGGUGAUUAUAGGAAAUUGACUACAGACCAUAUCCCAACAAAGAGAGAGGAGUAUGAAAGAAUUAGAUUAUCUGGUGGUUAUGUCAAUAACGGAAAAUUAGAUGGUGUUGUAGAUGUUUCCAGAGCCGUCGGGUUUUUCGAUCUACUUCCUCAUAUUCAUGCAUCUCCUGAUAUUUCUGUUACUGAGUUGAAUAGUUCAGAUGAAAUGUUGGUUCUUGGGACACAUAGAGUUUGGGAAUAUAUGGAUAUCGAAAGUGUCUGUGAUAUCACUAGAGAAAAUACUGCCAAUCCAAUGGUCGUGGCUGAAGAACUAAAGGAUCAUGCCAUUGCAUAUGGUUGCUCAGAUAAUAUAACUAUCAUGUGUGUCUCUCUCUACAGAGAUAAAAACCAACAAGAUAGAUUUACGUUAAACAAGAAUUCUCUAAUGACAAGAAGAACGACAUUUGAAGAUACCACUCUGAGGAGGUUGCAACCAGAAAUUGCACCACCAACAGGAAAUUUGGCAGUAGUGUUUACAGAUAUCAAGAGUUCCACAUCUUUAUGGGAAUCAUUUCCGGAUGCAAUGCGUACUGCCAUUAAAACCCACAAUGAUAUAAUGCGUCGACAAUUGCGUAUUUACGGUGGAUAUGAAGUGAAAACUGGAGGUGAUGCAUUCAUGGUGACCUUCCCAACUCCAACUAGUGCUAUGGUAUGGUGUUUAAGUGUUCAACUAAAACUACUAGAUGCCGAAUGGCCCGAGGAGAUUACGUCAAGUCAAGAUGGUUGUUCGAUUUUAGAUAGUACUGGAACUAAGAUUUAUAAGGGGUUAUCUGUUCGUAUGGGUGUCCACUGGGGUUGCCCAGUACCAGAAUUAGAUAUGGUUACCCAAAGAAUGGAUUAUCUAGGUCCUGUAGUGAACAAGGCUGCCAGAGUAUCAAGUGUUGCUGAUGGUGGACAAAUCGCAUUAAGUGUUGAUUUCUGUUCUGAGUUUCAAAAGAUUCUAAAACUUCACGAGAGAGUUACAAAAGGUAAAGAACAAGUGAAAGAAGUGUAUGGUGAUGAAGUCAUUGGUGAAGUUUUGGAGAGAGAACUAUCAAUGCUUGAAUCAAUUGGCUGGGUAUUCUUCGAUUUUGGAGAGCAUCAGUUGAAAGGUCUUGAAAAUAAAGAAUUCAUUACGAUGGUCUAUCCUACAGCAUUGGCAUCAAGACAUGAAUAUGCCAUCGAGGAAGAUGAGAAUAAUGGUUUAACUAAAGAUUUUGUUACUGGUGUAGAGGCAAUUAGCCAAAGGCUAAAUCGGAUUCUUGGUACAAUCCAAGCAUCACUCUCAGCUGAUAAUUCAUGGCAAGCCAUGGCUACCCCUGAAUGGAAGCCAAACACUAAUGUCGUCACUGGUACAACUGAAGCAGAAUUGGCACCCAUUUUUGCUGCUGAUGUAUUUAAAAUAGAACUUAAUGUUGCCAAUAUCAAUUUCCUUGAAAGAACGUUGCAAGGCCUUGAUAUCAAUUCACAAAACGCCAAUAAAGCGGAAACAAACAUUUUUGAUCUGUUAAGAGUUGCUUCUCAAAAGGUCCACGAGGGCUUUGAUGAAAAGAAAUAA